AUGAAUUUAGAAUGUCUUCCCGAUGAAUUAUUACUACAAAUCUGUCGAUAUCUUUCCUCAACGGAUGUUCUUUACUCAUUAUUUAACUUAAAUUCUCGUUUAAAUCGAACAAUCUUCACAUAUCGUCAACAUGUCACUUUUCGUUUAACGAAUUUCCAGCAAUUCGAAUACAUCUGUUCAGUAAUUCUACCUGAAAUUACCUCAACCGUUCGGACUUUAUCAAUCAAUGCGAAUUGGACAGAUUUAGUCGGUAAACGGUUCCAUUAUCACUUCGGAGAUCGAAUGAAAGAUGUUUUUCCUAAUCUUGAACAUUUGAUUCUUAUUGCAUUCAAUGGAAAUGAAUUAAAUGAUUACAUGACAUGUCUUUCUGACCUUUUAUACCUGAAAAAAUUAACAAUUCGAGAUCGUUAUAACACACCCGAAGAAAUAAAACAAAUCUUAUUUGAAAAAGUUCUCUCAGCGAAUGAUUUUCGUUUCGAAAUCAUUUCUUUUAAUCGUCAUUCGGAAAGUUUAAAAAUCAAUCCAACAAAUGGAGUGAUUUACUCGAAUAUUAUUCAAUUAGAUGUUCAUUUAGAAGAAAUUCAUGAUCUCAAAUGUUUAUUUAAUUUGAUACCAAAUAUUCAACGAAUGAAUAUUGUCAUUGGAAAACGAUCCGAAGAAGAGAAAGAUUUGGAAUCGAAUCAAUUGAUUGAAAUGAAAUUUUUAGUUGAAUUUCGAAUAGAAUCAUUUCGACGAUGUUGGAAUUUCAAUGAAUUAUGUUAUUUACUAUCAACAAUGCCUUUUCUUCGACAACUUUCAUUAGAUUUAUUUACUCAAGACAUUCGAUUAACCAAUGGACACGAAAUUUGUUCCAUUUUACCCGAAUCUGUACAAAGAUUUAAUUUUUGUACUGAAUAUGAACCCGACGAAGCAGUCGAAACAACUGACGAGAUCACGUGUUCUUGGAUGUCAACACCAUUUUCAAUUUGUUGUUUAUUUUCGGCAAAUAAAACUCAAAUAUUUCUCCACACAAUUCCCUACGAAUUUUCUUAUCUGGACAUGAAUUCGUCGUUUAUCAAAUAUUUGAAUAAAACAACAUCGAAUUAUCAUCAUCGUGUCGAAGAAUUGUUAUUAUUCAAUGUGAAACAGUUAAGCGAUGUUUGUAUAGCUAUUGAUUGUUGUCAGAAUAUUCGAGAUUUGGCAAUUGAAGUCGAUGAAACACUUUCUGGUCAGAUCUUUCUUUGUAUUUCACUUUAUAUGAAAAAUCUUUGCUGUUUAGACAUAGAAGAGGAAGAUAAUAAAGAAGAAAAGAAGAAAUCGGUGACAUUACCUCGAUUAAAGAAACUUCGUUGGGUAUCGAUUGAUGGUUGUCCAAAAGAGAUUCAUUUAUUGAAAGAAAUCAUAUCUGUUUCUCCAAAUCUGCUUAUGUUCAUCGUUGAUAUGUCAUAUCUCGUCCAAUUACUCGAUUACGAAGAUUGUCUUUCAUUAUUAACAAAACGUAUCAGACAUUUAUCAAUUCAAUUGACUACAGAUAAAGAUUUAACAGAUGAUAGGUUAGAAAAAACAUCGAAUGUAUUUCGUCGUGUGAAAUAUUUGAUUGUCGAAAGCAAAGACUCGGCAAAUCUCUCAACUGAACAAAUUCUUUUGUUAUUUCUUCGAUAUUUCGAAAGAAAUCAGUUAGUCUCCGUAAUUGUUCGAGGUUCGAUCACUGAACAAUUACGGAAUGAUCCAUAUCAGUGGUUGAUUUCGAAUACAUAUUUACGAAAUUCCAUGGGAAAUUUUCAAGCAGAGUGUGAUGAAAUUGAUUUGAAAAUUUGGUUUUAA